GCGCGUACACGCACAAUAAGGUAUGGUGUUCAAUGCGCGACAAUACCGCUGGAAAAGCAGUGUAGGGUAGGACUCGUUGCUCGCGUCGGCAUUUUCACCACAAGAAGAUGAACUUUUUAAUCUAAUUAAUAAUUCAUAUUUAAUCAAAAAUGUAUUAUUAAAUAAAUUAAAAUUUAACGUCCGUCCGUUUUUGCAUCCGAUGCGUCGAAAAAAAUAAAUAUUUGUUUUUCAAAUCGUGCAACGAAUGCGUCCGAUACGAUGUCGGACGUGUAGUGAUCGCUGUGCAGACGUAAACACCAUCCAGAUUGGACAAGUCAUGUUUGCCGAUACAUUUAAAUAAUGGCUGAUAACACUUACAGAAAAUCUUUUUGUGUUGGUAAUUAUGAGUCAUUUUUUACCACUUCAACAUCUUGCAAGACCAAAAAUGACAGUUUCUACAAUAAUACUUUAAUUUAUCAUUCCACUUCUAAUAAUCUAUCAUCAGGUGAAACUAUUUCAUUUGAUCAAUCAUUAGAUCUUGGUGUUCUACAAUUAUUUUCAACUACUAAUAGCUUAACCUUUGAUUAUACAACUGGUAAACUAAAUGAUACUACUACUUCAGAAGAUUCAAUUGUAUUAACUUCAUUACCAUGCACAUUUCAAGAAUCUCAAAAAAAAAGUAAAAAAAUUUCUGAUUUACAUUCCCAUUUACAAAUGCAAAUUUCUCGAAUAAAUACAAGCCUAAAAAAUAAUGCACACCAACAUUUAAAAAGUAAGAACUCAAAUUUACAAAAAAUGGUUUACCAUAAACGUAUUAAUCUCGAAGGUCAGAAGAAAGUUGAUUUCAUGUAUUAUUUAGCAAAACGUCAUCAUUUUUUUCCUGUGACGGAAAAAAUAUUUUCAUUUUUGUAUGGGAAAGAUAUUGUAAAAAUUUCUUCGGUAUCUAAGGUUUGGUAUAAUGUAGUAAAAUAUUCUCCAUUAGCAAAAAAAAAAAAAGAAUCUUAUUUAAAAUACAUGGAAUCAGUUAAAGAAAACAUUGGAUAUUUUAAAAUAUUACAUUCAUCUCGUUCAAAUAGAAGAAUUUUGGCUGAUAUUGGUAAUAUUGUACAGCCUCCAUCAAGAGUAAAUGGAGAACCAAUUUAUUAAAAUAGUUACAUCAUAUAUAAUAACAUAUAUUAUAUA